UUGUCAGCUGAGAAAUUGACGUUUUCGUUGGCUCCUGACGAGGAGCAGACAGACUCAACUGAAGGGGUUGGGCCCAAAGUGGAGAAAUGGCGAGAAUGGUGGACGAAAGUGGGUGUAGAGAGGAAUUACAAAACCCCGAGCGCCAGGGACCUGAUCGAGGUGCAGCUCGGUGGGGUCCUCAACACGCCGGUGCCCGAGAACUGGCUAAUUUAUAUUCACCAGGCAAAAGAUGCCAAGAGUGGAUUAGUGUCCUCCUCUGCUUCUCUCUCAUGGCCUUCAAUUUCAUUCACCUCCUUGCCAAUUUCCACCUGGGGCAUCUGUGGUAUAUCCUGUUGGCUGUUGUGGCAGGGAUCCUCACUGCGGACUUUGCCUCGGGCCUUGUUCACUGGGGGGCUGACACGUGGGGGUCGGUGGAUCUACCCAUCUUCGGAAAGGCCUUUAUCCGACCCUUCAGGGAGCACCACAUUGAUCCCACAGCCAUCACCCGCCACGACUUCAUUGAGACCAAUGGCGACAACUGCAUGUUAACUAUCGUCCCGCUAGCCAACAUGGCCUUCAACUUCGUCACUCUCUCCCCUGCGGAGAUCUACCAGCUCUACCCGUGGUACUGCUACCUGUUUGCGCUUGGCAUCUUCGUGACCCUCACCAACCAGAUUCACAAGUGGUCCCACACGUACUUUGGCCUGCCUUGCUGGGUGGUGUUCCUCCAGGACUGCCACAUUAUUCUUCCUCGCAAGCACCACCGCAUCCAUCACGUGUCCCCGCACGAGACGUACUUCUGCAUCACUACAGGUUGGCUCAACUACCCCCUGGAGAAGGUGGGCUUCUGGAAGAACCUUGAGGAUCUUAUCCAGGGCGUCACGGGGGAGAAGCCUAGGGCUGAUGAUCUCAAAUGGGCUCAUAAAGUCAAGUAACACCACAGGCUAACUCCGCCCUACCUCAGAAGACCCUCCCCCCCAUCUUGCCUCGCCGUAAUCCAUAAGACAAACUAACAGGUUUUGAUGCCAUAGCUUUAACGCUUGCACAUUUUCCAUUUUUCAAGAGGAUUUUUUUGAUAUUAUUCACAAACUGCAAUAUAUUUUGAUAAAAAUAACUGCUCACUUUAUGAAACGUCUGCACAGAAAGUCAUGUCAAAUACCUUUGGAGGACAUUUUUACUGAGGGCGAAAUCUGGAACACUUCCUGGAUGUUGAUUUGGAUUCUAUUGAGCGCCUCAGAAUCUCAAUGUCUUUAUUUACUCGCACCUAAUUGAAGAUCUUUUUGAUUGUGGAGAGAAACAAGGAAGCUUAACCAACACCCACAGCAAAAGAACAGAUCGAUAAUUCUUGUUACAUUUGGCGACCUUGCACACUUUUGGCUGCACAGCCUAACAUGAUGUCCGACUAAUAUCCAAACCAUUGCCCUUUCCAGGCUUUUUCAAAAAAAACACUUGAAAGCCUUGUACAAGGGUGGCUUUGUCAGUAGUGAAACUUUGACACCUUAAUGACUCUUAAUAACAGCUCAAAAAGUAAAAGGAAAUCAAAGACUUGCGGGUUUAAUGACAAUUCCUUCUUUCCAUUUAAUGCAAUGAAAAUUGCAUUCCGACACAAAAUACAACCCAUUUUUUUUUUAAAGUGCUGACUGGCGACUUGCAAAAUCUAACGAAGCAUCCCAAAGGUGAAUUCUGCUUCUCAAAUGUGUACAUUUGCUUAAAAAAAAGUUUGUGUUAAUAAUAGGUAGAUGUUGUAUUGGAGCGCAUUAUAUAAAAAGUUGUCUAGUAUUUAAAUAGGAGAAUAUUUGUCAUUUAAACAAAAGCCCAGUUCAUUGCCACAGGAAAAAAAACUGAGCAAAAAAAAAGGCAUUAAACUAAAUGUUGCAUUUUUAAACAAAACCUUUUUAAUGGAGGAUGAGCCAAGCUGUUGUUUUGAGUCACAUCCGAUUGUACUUAAUGGCGUGGCUUCGGUGUGUCAGGUUGUCCGCUCUGUCGUCCGGUUUGACUUGUUCUUUUUAUGUUUUCUCAAGCUGCCUUACACACGCCACACAUUGUUUGUAUCUUCGCUCUUUUGCAGAACCUUUUCGCUCAACUCAAGUUGCUCACGGCAGAUCCCAUUUUGUACGAUCGUUUCCAUUCCCACCCGUGGUCUAUUACAGUGGUGCCUUGAGAGACUCGUAUCGCAAAUCAUCUAAAAUGAAUGGAAAGGCCAUUAACCAUGGGAAAAAAAUGGACUUUUUUGAUGAUGAAAAAUAGCAUUGUAUAAUAUUGACCUUUAUCAAAGCAUGCCAACAUUAAAUAGAACCUAAACAGUUUGUGCAUGAUGAUUUCAUAAUGCUGUAAUUCUUGCCCACUAAGGUAUAUGUAUAUAUGCCUGUGCGUGUUUUUCAGCUUUCUCUCAUUUCGACGCACACAUAAAAAAUUUCCAAAUUAAGGCUCAUGUAUCACAGAUCUUGGUCACUUGUAUUUCAAGGCACCCCUGUACCCCUGUGACAUUAAAAGGGCUUCAGUUGCAGAUGCGAUUAUGUCAUCCAAUCACCAGUGGGAAGCUUUUUCAUGUCUUUCGUAAUUUAUUUCGUCAGUGUGUCAUACAGCAAAUGACUAUGCAGCGUAACUUCAUGUCUUAACCCGUUGGAAUUGGAGUCAAAUGCCUUUCUUUUCCUGAAGUGUUUACAGUGAUUUUCGGAAGCUCUACUGCAGACGCCUUUAAAAGUGCAUCAUGAAACAAAACCCUGCAUCUUAUGCUUGAGGAUGUAACACAUGAACUUUGCAGUUUGUUGCGAGCAAUGGAAUGCUUCCCCUUUAAUUUGUAGAACUCAGCCACUGAACAGAGUAGAAUAUCAUCUGUGAUGUGCUCCCCAUGUUGGUCCCAGGUUUGAAGUACCCACAGAAACGAUGUCUUCAUUCCAAGGCGCAUCUUGGUCAAAAGGCUUGAUUGUUGUGGCGCUUCAAAGACACUGACAUCAUUGUAUACAAUGUAUGGAUAUUUUGCUAUUUGAGUCCUUUAUACUUGAUUUUAUUGAAUUUAGGGUGACAGUAGAACCACAUGUUUUCCAAAUGGGGUUUCCCAACCAUUAGCAAGCCGUUUAGAAAAGUCUCACCGAAUCAAAAUGUCGAAAGUUUGCAUACUGAACGAAUGAUCAUCUGGUCUCAACAAAUUGAUAAGUUGCUGUGUUGAAUGGAAAACAAAGUUAUUCUGUUGUUGAUUGGCAGGCAACAGCUUAAUUGUUUGUACCGUCUGCAAUCUAGUUGGAAAUAUUUUGAUUGUACACUGGCUUAGAUAGAUGACCAUAUUUUUCUAAUGAAGAUGCGAGAAACAAAAUGAAGGGAAAUAAGUGAAAUUGGAUCAUUUCCCACAGCACCCAUGAUGAUUACUCAUAGCAGACUAAUGGUUGGGAGUCACUCUAUUCAGAUAUGUCGUCAAUAUAGGGAUUCUAUUUAGGUCUUUGUGAGUGUAUAGAUUUAUGUUCCGGUCAAAUGUAUGCUGCUGCAACCUUGACUUUUCUUCAGUGAGGGUCGGUAGCAAAAAGAACACAAUGUUGAUUCCGUAGUGCUUGUGGAGUAUUGCGGGAAGCACAUUGUGUGUGGUGGAAAAGUCACGCUGGGCAAUGGAUGUUGCUUUUGUUUGGAGAUGUGCCAGUGUUGGGAACACUCGGGUUUAGGGCAAUGUUUUGGUGUUUACAGUCUAUCACUUUUUUUUUUGUCAUGACAUUGGAAGGAUGUUUGAUGUUAAUACGUCGCUACAAAUGUUAGCUAUUUACAACUUGCCACAACUCGUUUGAAUAGAAUUGACUUAAAAAAAUGGAGGCUUAUUUAUUGGCGUAAGGUUAAGUUAGGGUUGAGGCUAAUUCUCAAGAUGUUUCAUAAGAAGGAGUUUUCAAAAUAAAAAGCCGUCACUGCAGAAUCUUUUUGAACUCGUGAAAGGUUCAGUCACUGGAAUUAUUUGACUUGCUUCGUACAAAUGUUGCGCUGCUCGGAUGUUGAAUCGCCUUAUCAGCUCCCUAUUUGAGUUAUUGUAAACCUCUGUCAGUUAAACAGUAAAAGACUUCAUGGACCUUUCUGUGAGGCAAGGCAAGUUUUAGAUAGACAACACAAUAAUAUACCUUGAUGCCUUUUUUGUUAUCUUCCAUUAGGGAGAUGUACAAUGUCUAUAAUGUAUUAAAGUGUUUAUUUAUAUGUACGCUUAAUAAAAGUUCUGUACUUAUA